CAAGAUUGCGGGGUACACGGGGAGAGAAACAGCCGCCGCGGCCGCAAGCAUCAACCUCUCCCACCAUGGCGCCCGUGGCCGGCUCUCUCGUUCUCGCGCGCCUUCGACUCUCACGCUCUCUCUCUCUGCGUACGCACUAUUUUUUAGUCCGCACUUAUUACGACAGAUGUCUCAUGCUCCGAUAAAGAAUAACGGCGGGCAAAGCGGGAGCCUUCCCCCCGCAUGCUAGUCCUAACCAGGCUCGGGAACAGCAGCCCGUACUUGGUGCUUCGUCGGCUCGUGGUGUCACUGUAACGCCGCCGGUUUACGUUACGCACGUCUCUCUCUUUCUCUCUCUCUCUCUCCUUUUUUUUCUUCCGGCUCCUCCUCGUUCCCUCUGUUUCCCUCUCUCAUUCUUUCUUCCUCCUCCUCCUCUCUGCCUCUCUCUCUUUCUCUCUCUCUCUCCCCCUGCUCUCUCUCUCUCUUUCUCUCCUCUUUUCCCCCCUUUUUUCCAUUUUCAAUUUGCCACCGCGCGCGCGGCUCUCAUCUCGCUUUUAAAACUCCCGAGCCGGUCACUGCCGUCGCGAAUCGGCAGCUGCUCCCCGCGUGCGAUGCCGCGACAGUGAUUAUGCCUAUCGUGCCCUCGUCCAUCCGACCUCGAACUAGCACCGGGGAUCGUUGUUUCGGUCGUGGGGUGUAAAAGGACGGACGUGCACUCGCUCCUUCCUUCGUCGAUUGGUGCCUAGCACACGUGGACAAACGGCGAUAACGAGGGCACCGCCGGGAUUCAGUCAAUUGGUACCGCGCGUCGUCGGUGAACGAUGAUAUUUAACUGCGAACCGCGUGCCACAGAGUGACAGCCGGCGUGGAGGAAAGGGACCGGAAGGCCGUCAGACCGCAGACGGAACCCAGAAGUUGGAGGAUGGUGGUUUGAAAUCGGCGAGACGACACCGGGAAGGCGACGCACACGUGAGAGCGACUCUCUGACAGACCCCCCACAAGGUGAAUAGGCACAACGAUGGUAGAUACACAACAUUUUUGCCUGCGAUGGAACAAUUACCAGAGCAGCAUAACCUCGGCGUUUGAAAAUCUCCGGGACGAUGAGGACUUCGUGGACGUGACGCUGGCCUGCGACGGCAAGAGCCUGAAAGCGCAUCGCGUCGUUCUCUCCGCCUGUAGUCCGUACUUCAGAGAAUUGCUCAAGAGCACGCCGUGCAAGCACCCAGUGAUAGUGCUGCAGGAUGUAGCGUUCAGCGACUUGCAUGCCUUAGUGGAGUUUAUUUAUCACGGCGAGGUGAACGUGCAUCAGCGUUCACUCAGUAGUUUUCUGAAGACGGCGGAGGUCCUCAGGGUAUCGGGCCUCACGCAACAGACCGACCAGCCCGACCGAGAUGAGCUGUCGCAUGUCCGCGCGUUGGCGGCCGGCGGCAAUCACCUGCCGUUCCACGACAAAUCGGAGGAGACUUUCCCUCGCGGUGGCGGCGGCUCGCCUACGCCCGUGACCCCGACGCCGACCACGGUGCAGCAGCUACUGCGCCGUGCCCAGAUACGUCGAAACGAGAGACGCACCCCGGACCCGCACGAUGAGUCGGCGAAGAGACCGCGGGUGCCGUCGCCGCCGCUCAACAACAACGACGCCACGCCCACGGACUUCUCGAUGGUCAAGAACAACCACCUGUCGACGAAGGUGGAGGGCAACGGGGUGCACGACGAGAACAGCCUCGUCGAGGACAAUAUAAAGUGCGAGCCGUUGGAGCUGACCGGCGGCAACGGCGGCGGCAACGCCGGCAACGAGGACUCAUCGGAUUCCGGCGCCGCGGCGUCGGACAGGCCGCCCGCGUCCGCGAGCAGCAACGAGCACGAGCCGGAACCCGAGCACACGUCCGCGCAGAACUUUCUGCCGGAGAGCAAGCUCUUCACCUCGACGCCCGGCAGCUUCAACUUCAGUAUGGCGGCGCUCACCACCGAUCACACGCCGUUGUCAGUGAAAUUUCCAGGGUUGGGCCACGGCUUGCAGACACCGGAUCUAGCGGGCACUUCGCAAGGUCCGCCCUCGGCGAUCCUCGCGAUGCGACUGUCGCACCCGUUACACGGUAGCCUGCUGCCACCAGGAAUCUGCUACACGUGCGACGUGUGCGGCAAGACUCUCUCCACGAAGCUCACCCUAAAACGACACAAAGAGCAGCAGCACUUUCAGCCCCUGAACAGCGCGGUCUGCGCGCUGUGCCACAAGGUGUUCAGGACGCUCAACAGCCUGAACAAUCACAAGAGCAUCUAUCAUCGUAGGCAGAAAUAGAAGUGAUUGCGCACGCGCGUGUCUUACGUGCCAAGAGACAUCACGAAACGAGCUUAAUAGACGCUAAAAAAAAAAAAAAAGAAAAUAAAGAGUUUCGCGCUGUUCGCAACGGCCGUGCGAUCGACCAGGUCGUCGACAGCGUGGCCAGAGAGAAUCGCGUCGUUCUCUUCUCCGAAUUCUUGCUGUCUAGCCAAAAAGAAAGACGGGGGGAAAAAGAAAGAAGAAGGAAAGCAACAUCGAAUGUUCGGAAAGACGAGUGAUUUCAGCCUGUUACUCGAUUCAUCGAUCUAUAGUCAUUAUACCGCGCGUAUUUACGCUGAAUGUCUGUACAGCCGUCUGAUUUUGCUUGUUUAGCUGAUCGGGAUGCGUGAUCCUUAACCCGAGAGUGAUUCGCGUCGUUUGUCGCUCCUGGUUUCGAAUCGACGCAAUUUUGCGAUUGCAAUGAUAAUUUUCUCGACUACGAUUAUUAGAGUGUCGGAACCAAGGAAGCUGCGGUGCGUACAAUCAUCGAAAUAAUUCUCGUGGCAAUUUGCCAAUCCAGGCUUUGUAGGGGAUUGACUUUGUAGGAGAUUGUGCGGAGACCACGCACGCACGUGUAAAGCGAGAUGAGAAUCAGACACGGAAACAUUUAGCGAUAAAUAUACGGUGGAAAAUUGAUUGCGGACCUUUGACCGGUAACGGACCGCCGACGUUUUGUACGAGACUUGUAAACGCAAUUGUUAUGUUAUUAUCACCUGUCGAUUGUACAUCGGUCAUAAUGGGUUUGACAUUUGGGACCAUGGGAUGUGGGAACUGUGAAUUCUUUUAGCCACUCGAUCAUUCGCGGAAGAUGCGAUUAUCGGAAACAACUCGGUCAUUCUUCUGAGAGACAAUAGGAGCUGCGUCGAAUGUCGCCAUUGUGUUCACGAUGUUUGUGCGCGUAUCCUUAAAAAGUCUUCUUCGUGUGUCUCAGCCGCUCGGCAACAAUUUUUGUAAAAAAAAAAAAAAAAAAGUAGGGAACGCACGUCGGUUCGCGCGAAAAAUCAGUGCUUCCAGAUGCGAGUGUACGUGGUAAAAUGUCGUUAUCAUGCGCGAACUGGGAAUCGCUAGAGAACUCUGGAUCGCGCCGUUAUUUUAUAUAUAUGUAUAUAUAUUCCCAUUUUUUUUUUUAUUAUUAUAUUAAUUGGAUAUUAUGACGAGACGGUGAUAUUAACGUUGAUAUCGCGCUCCCGAACUUUCAAGGAAGUUUUUAGGAUCUAAUUAGUUGACAAAGUUGUGAUGAAAAAGAAUGAGACUGAACGGGAGUGCAAUCGAGCUGAUUGAGGGGUUGGUUUUCCGAGUUGAUUUUCGAGUUGAUUCUAAUCGACGCGUGAUCCUCGAGGCGUGUGCCGUUAGCAAAUCGUUUGUUCGCACUUUAUCGCACGCGUAAUAAUUCACGGAAACGAUUACUUAGAUUUUGCACUUAAGAUUUGCACACACCCACCCACACACACAUCACACACACACACGUACAACGACCACAUACACGUACACACUGGCGUUUAUGGUUUACGGGACCCAGUGCCAAUGGAUUAAAAUAGAGAAAAAAAGUAAUCUUAAUUAUAUAAUUACUUGUACUUAUUUUUUUAGCGUACACUCUUCUCGUAUGUUCUUCUCUCUCUUUUUUUUUUUUUUAAUAAUUUUCGUUAAUAUCGCAGGAGCAUAUAAAUGAUCGGUCGCAAAGACAGGUCGUAUAAUAGACUGGAUAUACGCGAAUGCCGAUGUUAAUAUCAUUUCGCAGAUUGAUGUCGGUGUAUAAUCUCGUUGAGUACAAUUUCCGACGGUGCAGCUGCAGCGAUUAUCGCGUCAAUGCGAUUAUCGUGAUUUUUGUCGCAAAUAAAAAACGCAAGGCUCGUCCUGUAACACAGAGAUUUGAGCUCGCCGCGAUUAUAGCUGCUUCAGUCUCGGAAUCGUUAGUGUGGGAUUUAAUUGUAGACGCACUUCGGCUAAAGGUUCGGCGUCGUUGUUCCGCGAUGCGGGACGAGGUGACCGUAGCCGAAACCGUGUCAAGAGCGCUUAUUGGCUAUGAAACGCGAAUUAAUUUAAGCUUUAUUAGUUAGAUCGAUAUUACGCGAAAAUGGAAUAUACUAUUCGAAGUAGGCCUUUCGUGUCGAUGGCACGAUUGUCCAGCCAAGGUGUAGGUAGAAGCGUCCAGAAAUAAAUUUUUUGAUAAGACUGCAAGCGAGCCCCGGGAUAGGCACAGCCAUUCGAGGAGUUUUUAUCGUUUCGAUAUUAAAUAUUGCCCGAUUUACAUGGUUCCGACGGCUUGAGGGGAGGCGCGUUAUGGUUUUCAGAGGGGGAUAAUCGAAUUAAUUUAGGUCUACGAGAAAUAUUCUUAUAUCGUCGCUGCUUGAAUCGGGGAAAAGUGAGAGAUGCAAUGGUUUAAUAUAUAAAUAUAUAUUACGCAUAUAUAUUUUACCCUAAUAUAUUCAUUCCAUAUUAAAAUGCUUUAGCGGGCUAUCCUAUAUAGACUUACAUUCGUUUUUACGAUACCUAACGAAUUUUACAUAAAGUACCUUACUUUGUUAUUACUAUUAAUUAUUAUUAUUAUUAUUAUUCAUAUUGUAUAUUGCAAUUAUCAUUACUAUAUCGAUUAUUAGUAUUGCUGUUAAUAUUGUUAUUAAUAUUAUUAUUGGUAUUACUAUUAUUCAUGCACUUAUUGUGUUACGGCUGUUUCCGUACUUGAUGGGAGCUUCGCUUAACAACAUGUUCCAUGGACAUAGAUUGCAUCACUCUCGCGGUGUAUUCGGCCGAGAAUUUAUCUCACUCUGUACGUUCCUUCUCGUCCAUUUUGCGUUCUACAACGCUUCAUAACGUCCUCUAUCGGUCGAAUCUGUCGAAUGAUCUCGACGCGUUUCGUUCUUUUUUUUUUCCAUGGCUUUCUAAUGGUAAUGCGUCUUCAUUAGUUCGAGGGCAAAUGGACGGGAGAACGAUGAAGAAGAAUACGCGUGCUAUCAAUGCCAAAAUAAUACAAAGGUUCGGAAAACGUUCGGAACGCGUGCGAAGAAGAUUUGCGAGGUUCUGGACGUCUUUUGGACGUGUUGUGUUAUGUCUGAAACCGAUAAAUCACCCGCGUCCCAAGUGACUCACAAAUAGGCAGCCGUAUACAUAUACAUACUUGUCACCGCAUAUAACCGUGAACGCUAUAUUUUAUUGUAAUAGAACCUCGACGAUUCACGCCUGGUAAGGAAGAAGUCUGUAUGAUGAUUGAGAGACGUCACCGUUCUGUGUCACGCGAACAGCUUAUAUCGCUGAUAGAUCACUUGUUAGGCAGGGGCUGACGAGUGCACCCGCAUCGGCCUAAAGUACGAUCGUUGUGUGUGGUUCGGAGUUAGAUAACGAGAGAUAAUCGUCUAUUUUUCUUGAGGACGGAGUCGCGCCGAGUUGGGACACGAUAUGAGAGAUGUCGAGUGCACAAUUGCGAGCGAAUGUGAGUCCACCAUAAUGCUGACGUGCGAGAUUAGGUGCGUGACACGAUCGGCGAUCGCGAGCGAUUACGUUCCGAUACCUGAGUUGCGGUAGAUCGGAAUGUCGUAAUUUCGGCGAAAUUGAGUGCGACGCAGAGUGAUGCCACGUGGGAAUACGAAGUGUUUCGCGACGGUCGUUGAAAUGGGUCGAGUUUUGCAUUUAAGACGAGACUUUCUUGAACCGGUGCACAGUUAAAGCGAAGUUGACUUACAACAGCGAGGCGUGACUAGCGCCCGUGUUAUUUCCGUUAAUGAAAUAGGUUUCCUGAUACGCAUUCGAAAUACAGACGGAAGUCGGCCAGGGCUGAAAAUCGAUAGGUCUCCGGAAUCACGGAAGCGAUGCCGCUGUGGAGUGUAUCGGACGUGUGACUCUCGCGCGCGGGAUGCCAGCGUAGCUAUGAUAAAUUCAGAUCGCGAUUAGAGAGAAGCGACUGGGGCGAGAUCGCAUUAAAAGCUGAAUGAUCGCGAUGGGAAGCGAAGGACCGCGUCGCUUCGAAUCGAGAUGCGCUAAUGAGUGCGCCGCCGAAUCGCUGCAGGAUCGCGUCGUGAGAUUCGAGUACGACUGAACCGUAAUAAGGUCCAAUUUGCGCGAUCAAGUCGAAAACGGGCCUUAUUCCCACAUGACAUCCAUUAGACACUCGUUAGAUCUCCAUAACUGCGUAUGGAACGUCUAAUGGAGGUCCGAUGGACGUGUGCAACGCCUAACUAUGGAUUUCUAGUUGAAAUUUUAUGUACGUCUAAUGGAAGAGUUCCGAAUCUCCAUGGCAGACGUCUAUUUAGAGAUUUUUGUUCCGCGUGGGUUGCGUUUCCUGCCGGCGGUAACACGAGUGCAUCUUUAGCUGCCGUUGAAGUAAAUAAUUUCUUACUUUGUACCGUUUGGAAGGAGAAACCCCAUAGUUUUCUUCAUUGCUACGCACACACACGCACGCACGCACACGCACGCACGCACGCGCACACAAACAAACGCGCGCGCGCGUGUCACGUCCUUCGCCGAUUUAUCGAUUCACUCGGCUCGAUUUGUGCCUCGCAGACCUUUCGCGUCCUCUCGCCGAUCGCACAACGAAUCGCAUAACUCGACAACGGAUCGACCGGGAAACAAUGACGCGCCCGUACAUAUAUAUAUUAUAUAUAUAUUUUUUUUUCAAAAAGUGCACAAAUCCGAACAUAUAUCCGCGCAAAUUCGAUUCGGGGUGACGAACUGAUAUUUGCGCGUGCACGAACUCGCAUAUCGGUGUGUUCACACUUCGGCUCGUGUAGGCAAUCUCUGACGCAGGUGUACAUGCACGUUGAAUGCAUUUAUAGAUAGGCUAUGAUAAUUUAUGUUAAACUAUGUUUUAUGGAAUGCAUCCCGUUGCGUCGCACGUAUUUUCCGCCUCUCGCAUUAUAAUCCGGAUUAAUAAGUAUAUACCUUUCAGGACGCGCCAUUCAGAACGAAUGUAUUUUGGGAUCGAUUAGUCAAUUGUUACAUGGUAAAUGGACACACGCGUAGGAAGUGUUGACUUGUCGAUUAAACUUUCCGCGAGUCGGAUAAAAAGACAAACGAAAAUUAACGAUUAUAUUAUGUACUAUAAGUAUCGUAGAUUAAUUGUAAGUCUUUCAUAUUAACGACGGAGGAUUGCGCGGAGGAAGACUAGAUUUUUUUAUACUCGGGGGCAAUAAAUCGUGUGUACAUAUAUUCGCGAGAACUCUAGAAACGUCAAGGAACCGUCUUGCUGCCGGUACAUUUCGGCGGGGGCGUGCGAAAUAACGUGCGACGCGGUGUGCAUUAGCGCAGGCAAUUUUAAAUAAGGAGAGAAGAUUGCGCUGAGAGGUGAAACAAAGGCAAAAAGAUUGUUAAACCGAGGGAACGGAGAGGAUCAGGAAGAAGAAUGAAGCUUUAAAUUACGAGAAUAACGAACACAGUUUUAUAGUGGUCAGGAAGACAAGAAAGGACUGAUAUUGAUAAUAUUUAAAUUAGUAGAGUUAUUCGAAGAAACGAAUUGACUACUGUAAAAAAAUGGCCAAAUAUAAUUGCGAAUAUAUAUCUAUAUAUAAAUAUAUAUAAAUAUAUAUAUAUAUACACAUGUAUAUUUAUAUGCGGGUGCGUGACGUGCUUGUGUAUGUUCGUACAUUACUUCGCGCGUACGAAUGUUACGCACGUACACGUGUACGUGCACGCACACGCAUGUAGAUAUAUUUGUCCUCCGAUCAGCGGUCGGUGCGAUAUUAUGCGAAUAAUAAAUUAUUAAUGAAAUUAAUGUAAAUUUGACUGAAUAUUUAACUACAAUUUAUAUAUUAAUAGAGAUUUAUUUGAGCGUCUUCUUUGUUUAUUGUUCGUUUAAUUCUUCGCUUUUGUGUUAUACUCCUGUGACACGCGAUAUCGUGCAGCCAACAGAUUACCACCGGUUUAUGCGUUAUAUCGAAGACUCGUUAGUUUGGUAUAGUAACAGCCGUUGCGACGUCAUUCUUCAUUAUCGCCUUCGGUUGCGCAUCGCUCUCAAGUAAAAAAGUCGGGGGGGGGGAUGUAACACAUGUACUCGUACGUGCCGUAAAUAUCCUUGACAAUAUUGUGUAUUGUCCAAGUCUUUCACGGCUUGCAAAAUAGGAUUGUUGUGCAAUUGACGAAAGUAUUGCGAUCGAAAGUACUGACGCAUUACGAAAAAAUGUCGAUCGUUAAGGACAACCUUGUUCAGCAACAUGUAAAACUUUUAUCUAAAGAAAUAGGUAAAUAGUUUUUGCUUUAAAAAUAUUUAUUUUUAUGAAAAUAAAUAAGAUAUAAAAGCAGAAUAAAUAUGAAAAUAAAUAAACAAUAAUAGCGUUCUCUAAAUAAAUGCGCGUAUCACGAAUUAAUCUUGAUAAAUUAUCUGAUAUUAAAAAGUAAAUCAUUUUUUUCUUUACACUUAUUUUCGAAUCAUGAAAGGUAUUUGUUUUUAAUUUUUCGCGAAACUGCUCAUAUUUGAAUUUGAAAAUGACAUUUUUUCGAAAAAUUUCUUUUCGCUACUAUUAUCCUUUCGUCUGAUUUUUUCUAGAAAUAAUUAGCAUCUGGUCGCUGAUUAUGAAUCUGUAGUCAAAAUUUUAAAAUACAAAAUAAUGGAUUUAAUGCGUUUCACUCAGAUUUAGCAAUAAACUUUAGCAUUUUGGUCUACGACAUGAAUCUGAAAUUUGAAAUUAAGUAACAAUUCUUUUCAUAUAACCCUGACGUUCUUUCAAAAUAAAAUCUAGAAAGAAUUCGCUGUUACAUUUUUUGUGGGAGAUACGUAUUUUUAACUUUUACAUUACAUAUGAAUAUUUGAUGAGAUACGCAGAUCAAGGAACGAAACACAAGAGUGUUGACUUUUUGUGAAAAGUCUCAUUCUUCAUGUUUAAAAUGAGCCCAAAAAGAAGUCACUACCUUUAUUUUUGGAUAUAAAUCUUUGAAGGACCGGGACAUGUAUGUCCUACCAGGCACGAAGGGGUUAGAAAAUUAAAAGUCGUAAAAAGCUUCCAUGAUUCGAUGCUGAAUGUUAUUAAAGAUAUUGUUUUAAAUUUCAAAUUGAUCCGAUGAAUCAUGUUUAAGUUAUCGUGGCUAUCACUUCGAAAAAUGUUUUUAGAAAAAUGCGUACAACAUUCAACACUUUUUCAAUGUAACUUUGCUCGCGCGUCUUGUUUUUUUUUAUAAAUACACAUUUUUAAAACAGAAACACACAUCUAUUUCUCUAAACAAAAGUUUUACACGAUGUUGAAAAACAUUGUCUUUUUUUAUUCGUUGGGAUCCUAUAAUCCCUUAAUUGGUCUUCCACGCAAGAGAUUCCUCUAUAAAAAUAUUAUAGACGCGUGACCGAAGUUCAGAGAAUUAUUUUACGAAUGCUCGUAAUUUCUGAAAGUUUUUUUUAAACCUGGCACUUUGUUAGUUUUUACGGUAAGAUGGUUUUCAUUCGAUCGGACUUGAAAGCGAUGCGCGACGAAGCGUAAGAUCGAGAUCUCGUGGCGCGCCGAGACAGACGAGGUCUACCCUUCCGAUUCUGAUGAUUAGGCGCUGCUGAAAAACGUCCGAUAUGAGGAACUCCUAACCAGGCUUCCGAGCACGGGAAAGACUGAAAAUAUUUGUUGAUUCGCACGUGUCGCGGCGGGCCGCGCGCAGCUUCGCGAGAUCCUUCUAUCGCAUUGGAAAUGUAGGGAGACGCGCGAGUCGCAUGUAACCGACUGACCUGAUUCGCCCGAGAGAGAGAAUCACGACGUGUUCCAUUAUAUAUAUAUACAUAUAUAUUUACUGCAUAUACAUAUAUAUGUAGUUUAUUUCGCUGCUAUCUGCGACGCGAUUGGAUCGACGACUGAUUUGGACUGAUCCGUUUCUAACAUCGCAAGUUUUUUUUUUUCUUUUAUUUUAAUUAAUUAAACGACGUGUGUGCUAAUAUGCAUAUAUAUGUAUACAUUGGACUGAUGCGUGAAAAUUGUUUGACUGAUGUUACCAAAUCGUUGCUUAAAAGUACCUAAAUGUUAAGUUAAAGAAUUUUAUAAAUUUAUGAGAGAACGCGCGCGCGCGAGCAGGAGAUACGUUAGGAGAGGAGGAUCGGCAAAAGGGGUCACCGCGCUGAUGCAGAUUCGCGAAAAUCGGAUAGGCCAAGCGAAAGAGAGGCGCUUCCUUAUGUUUUCUCCUUUCUUUUCAUAUUUUUUUAUUCUUCUUUUUGCUGAAGGAGGAGCGCACCGAUAGAUGUAGCAAUCGGUAUAAUGUUAAGCUCGACUGUGUAGUACAACAAUUGAGAUGCUCGUGAAAACGGACUUGCUCUCAUUCUCGACGCACAUAUACCCAGUUUUUUUAUCUCCGCUUUCUCUCUCUCUCUCUCUUCUCUCUCUCUCUCCGUGUUUUUUUUUUUUUUUUUUUUUUACAGUAGACGAGCGUGUCCCGAGAUCGUAUGGUUGCUCGUCGAAGCACACGUAUGAUUUGCUUCUCCACAAAAUCUCCGUGGUUUCCCCAUGGAGAACUUCUCCGUUACUUCCAUAGUGCUAAAUGAUAAGCGCGAUAUCUUAUCGAAAGCAGCUGUUGAAAAAGAAAUAGGAAAAAAAAACACAAAAAAGAAAGAAAAAAAAUAGAAAAACGAAGACUCUUCUCGCGUGACAGCUUUCUAACGAUACAGUAAGUCUUUAAUUUUCCGUUAGUUGCGUUACAAUAGGAUUAUACAUUGCGAUUACCCACCCGGGUGUCGGACAGAUAGCUUUCCCGAUUAAUAUUCUUACACAACCACUGGCUAUAAACGGACAAAAGCGACGCAGAGAGAGAAUUACAUGGAAUAUAAACUCUCCGAGUAGAGGAGCCUUACGACAAUGUCGAAAGCGCCAAGCACUUGUGUAA